UGGAGCCAAAGCCAACAGCUACGUUAAACAUUUAGUUUAACGUUGAAUAUUUAAUGAUCAUUACAUCGUCAUUAAUACCUCGGUGCAUGUGUUACCCAUCGGAUAUAUCCGAGUAUCGUAUUAAUCAUAAUUAUCAGUAUCAAUACCAAUACACUCAAGCUGACCACUGUGCUGGACUUGACACACACAUAUAUUCACGUCGGGUGUAUAUGACGAGUAAUAUCUCCUCGAGCGAGAAUCAGUCGUUACUUCAGUUCAAUCCAAACUCACACCGAUUUCGUGUCUAGUUUUUUUUUUUAAUUAUUAUUACUGAUAAUAUUUAAUAAUUAGUAUUGUUUGGAAAAUUAAUCAACAUGUGUCAGAUAUAGUAAGAAAUAUUUUGGAGUAAAAUUAAAGUUUUAGUGAAUUAUUUAUUAUCGGGGUUUCAUUGGUAAUUGAUAAAUAAAAAAGUUGUGUGAUGAUGAUUGCUGCAAAUAACGAUAACCGGGGAAGAAAUGGCCACGUGUUGGUAUGGGAGCAACCGGGUUUAGAUGAAACGGAUCGUCCGAAACAAACUAGAGCAUGGAUCGGAUCACGUCACAUAGUAACAUUCAUGUUGUUCCUGGGGAUGGCGAACGCAUAUGUAAUGCGGACAAAUAUGUCAGUAGCAAUCGUCGCAAUGGUUAAUCACACAGCUACUGAGCAUGACAAAAAAAUGGAAGUAGUAGACGAAUGUCCUGGAGUUGAAGACAGAAAUUCUUCUGGAAAUUUAAUGACUUCUGACGGACCGUUCAAAUGGGAUUCAGAAAAGCAAGGAUACUUACUUAGUUCAUUUUUCUGGGGCUACGUCAUCACCCAGAUACCUUUUGGAAUUUUAGCCAAGCGGUACGGAUCAAAAUACUUCCUUGGAGUCGGAAUGCUGAUAAACUCAGUGUUUGCUUUUCUGGUACCGAUUUCCGCGCACUGGGGAUUCGGGUGGCUCUUGGUGAUCCGAUUUAUCCAAGGUCUCGGAGAGGGUCCAAUUGUGCCUUGUACGCACGCAAUGCUGGCAAAGUGGAUUCCGCCGAAUGAGAGGAGCCGGAUGGGAGCUUUCGUUUACGCUGGAGCCCAAUUUGGAUCAAUUGUUUCGAUGCCAUUGAGUGGCUUGUUGUCAGAAUAUGGAUUUGCCGGCGGAUGGCCCUCGAUAUUUUAUGUUUUUGGUGCUGUUGGAACUGUAUGGUGUGUUGUAUUUUUGAUUUGGGUUUACGAGGAUCCCGAACAGCAUCCAAAAAUCGCUGAAGAUGAGAAGAAAUAUAUACUGAGUGCACUUUGGGGAACUGCUGGAUCUUCUUCUCCUCCAGUACCAUGGAAGUCAAUAUUAACUUCCUUGCCAUUCUGGGCUAUAUUGAUAGCUCAUAUAAGUCAAAACUAUGGAUAUGAAACAUUUAUGACUCAGCUUCCAACUUACAUGAAACAAAUCUUGCACUUUAAUAUAAAAACUAACGGAUUAGUUUCUGCGCUUCCGUACUUAGCGAUGUGGCUGUUCUCAAUGUUCAUAUCGCAAGUAGCCGACUGGAUGAUCUUCUCCGGAAAAUUUACUCACACGUCAACGCGUAAAAUUAUCAAUGCAAUCGGGCAAUACGGUCCAGCUAUAGCAUUUAUUAUCGCUUCUUACACCGGGUGCGACAAAACAUUAACAGUCGCAUUGUUCACUAUUGGUAUUGGAUUGAACGGUGGUAUUUACUCUGGAUUCAAAGUUAAUCAUCUUGACAUAUCACCGAGGUUCGCUGGAAUUCUCAUGUCCUUUACUAAUUGUCUCGCUAAUCUUGCCGGACUUCUUGCGCCGGUUAUUGCUGGGUACAUCAAUGCUGGAAUUCCAUCUCAAGCCAAAUGGCGGAUAGUUUUUAUAAUAUGUGGAGCCAUUUAUAUAAUCGGAGCAACAUUCUACAUAAUAUUUGGUUCCGGUCAACGACAAUCGUGGGACAAUCCCGACAAGGACGAAGAAAUAGAGAAGAAAAGAAGAAAACCCAAUGACGUGGAAGCUGCUAAAGUAAUCAAUGAAACUCAGCAUUGACUAAUUAAUAAGUAAUAGUAAUAAGUUACAAUAAUAAUAAUAAUAAUAACGAGCGUUGUUAACGUACAAUUUAGAGUUACUGAAAUUCACUUUUAACUUUUAUAUAAAAUCUUGAAUAUUUAUAUUUAAUAAAUUAUAACGAACCAUUCAUUCCCUCCAUAAAAAAUGAUUGAACAGAUUUUUUCAAAUUUUGAAAUUAAAUCAUAAGAAUCCAGUCAGGUAGUGUGCCUUGUGUUGACCGUGUAAAUGAUAAAUGUAUGGAAGAUUAGAUUUUUUUUUUUUUUUACAUAUUAAAUCCUAAUUUUUUCUGUUCCGUUGUAAAUAUAAUUUAUAGAGAUUCGAAAUAAAAAUAUUGUAAUAAUAAUUUUUCUAAAAUUAAUAAAUGAAGAAAAAAAAAUUGUAACAAGUGUAUUUGCGUGUCGUGUGUGUGUUAGUCGAUAAAAUAAUUUAAAGCAAUUUAUUUCAAUAAAAGCUUGCUAACAAUUUAUUUAUUAAUUAGCGAAGAAUUAAAAAAAUUAAUCAGCAAAUAAAUUGUCAUUGAAAUUUUAUUUAAAAUUUUCUAUCGACAUCAAGGCAGCAGUAUUAGAGUAGAACGCCGCACGUUCGCCACUCUGUUAUCUUAUUUUUUAUUAUCAUUGUUGUUAUUAAAUAUAAUUAUUAUUUUAAUUGUAAUCCUUAUUGAUUAAUUGCCAUUUUGUAUUGUAGUUAUUUUGAAAUAUUUUUUUUAAAUUCAUACUGAACAUUACUAGUAAUGUAUUUACAUUAAUAUAUAUUAUAUUAUAUUAUAUAUUACUAUUUAUUAAUCAUUUUA